AUGAGAACACUAGCACUUUUAUGUAUAGUCCUCUUCAUAAACAGCUAUCAUGCUGCACCCCACUCAGAGGAUAAUAAUGAAAAAACUUUGAUACCAAGAGAACUUUUCGACCAAUCUCACUUGAAAUAUAAAGCUGAACAUGAUAUUGUUGACAUUAUUGUACCAAUUAAUGCUCUCAACUUUGAUGAGGCGAUGAAAGAAUCUGACAGCCAAUCAGAAUCUCGCGAGACCGAUCUUACAGAUGUGACAGUUUUCUUAGUCGAAGCCGAUCUUAAGGAUGGAAAGCGUAAUUAUCAAGGACUAUAUUUAUAUAAGCAUAAUAAGACGAAAAUGAUUCUACCAAAUGGAAGAGCAGUGGCUUCUUCGUUCGCCGAAAAUAAAAUAGUCUAUUUCGGUGCGAGCGAUGGUUUAUACAUUUAUAACACGAACUCUAAAACCGCUGAAAAGUUUGGAGGAUUUACCGAUAGUAUUAUUGAUAUUGCUACUUAUAAAGAUGGAAAACAUAUUUACAUUUUGACUGAAGAUCACAAAUUAUACAAUGUGACAAACGAUGGUGUAGAUAAGGAACUUCUAGAAGACGUGGAAGGUGCUAUGGAAAUUGUUUUGGAUGAUUCUGAAAAUAUUUACUUUUAUGACUCUAACAAGGAUGUGUUCAUGAAAAACGCUGAUGGUGUUACCAAAAUUCAAGGUCUUCCUAAUGGAGCGCAAUCUCUAAAGCUCCUAAGGCCACCGCACAUUAUGGAGGAAUCUGUGCCUUUGAUGCUAGAUAAUGCUCUUUAUGUCGUUUUUGCCAAUGGAACUUCUAUAUCAACUGACUUGGAGUUCAGCCCCGACGCAAUACCAACUGCUUACUGUACUGAUGCCGUUUCUGUGCAGUACUACGCUUUCAACAAGGAUCUGUACGAAUUUAAUUUGAUAGGGCUCAUAGCGAUGGAAUUCUUUGGAAGAGCCCACAGAAAAGCUGAGAAUAUCGUCAGUAAGGCCGAAAGAGGCAAAAAUUAUUAG